GCCGAGUGACCAGUUCGUUCACUCGAAUCAAGAUGGCGGCCUGCAGGCGACGUGUCGUAAAUGAGCUUGUCGUAACAAUAUUAAUAAUUUCUACCAUAUUGUGUGAUGCCAAAAAAGAUGACAUCGGGAUGGUUAAAAGAAACAAACGGGGCGUAGUAAAUGAGCUUAGAAAUAAGGCAAACGAAGAUCUAGGCAAGUCGAAAAACUUAAGGAAAGGUGGUAACAACAAUUUCUUCAACAAUGCCGUCAAUCAAUUUGAAAAUAAUGAUCAGAAAAAUGCCAACAGCUUGAAUAAUAGGCCUCUUACCAGACAGAAAAAUAUAAAAAGUAAGAACAUCAUGCCUCCUGGACAAUUUAGACCAAAUGAUCAACUAGUAGUCGGGAACAAUAGAGGAAUCCAGCAAAUGAAAACUCGACAGAUAAAAAUAAGUGAAUCAAAAGCUUGUGCAGAUGAUGUUACUCGGUUUUGCCAUGGCAAUACCAAUAAUUUUGCUGUUCUUGACUGCUUACAAAAUGAUCUUAAGAUGGAAGAUGAAGUUGCUGCAGAAUGCCAAGAUUUUCUCUGGCAUUACAAACGUAAUUUGACAAAAGACAAUCGCUUUGAUAGUGCUAGUAAGGAGGUUUGUCAGUUGGAACUUGAAAAGAUCCCAGAAUGUUCGAAUUUACAAGCUGGCUCUGGUUUUAUGAUACCAUGUCUCAUUGAGCAUAUUGAAAAUGUUACGAAUAAGGCUUGUCAACAGUAUUUAGCUAAAAUGUCCAGUAUUGUCUUUAGUGAUUAUCGUCUUGUUUACAAAUUUGUUGAAAACUGUGAAACAGAUAUCCAAACUCUUCAAUGUGGACGUCUACUAGAUAAAAAGGAUGAACAAGCUUUACACAAUCAAGGAUUAACUAUAGAUUGUUUGGCUACAAGAAUGGGCAAGUUGAAUCCACAAUGUAAGAAAGAAGUUUUGAGAACUUUAGAAUUACAAUCCGAUGAUUACCACUUGGAUCGUCCUUUGUUUUAUGCUUGUCGAGAUGAUCGUGAAAGCUUCUGUGCCAAUGUUAGAUCAGGUGGUGGAAGAGUUUAUGAAUGUUUAUAUAAGCAUAUUGCUAGUAAAUCCAUGAGCAGAGAAUGCCGAGAAAAGCUAGAGUUGCGUCAGCAACUGAUUUCUACAGAUGUGAAGAUUGAUAAGGCUUUUUUUGUUGCCUGUAAGAAAGAUAUCAAAGACUAUAAAUGCAUGGAAACUGCAUCUGGUGACCCAGAUUCAACUAGAGCUGAUGUAUUACUUUGUCUAGAAUCGGCUAUUAAAAAUGAUGAUCAUGUGACUGGAGAAUGUGUCCGUGAAAUGAAAGAAGUUCGUAGAAACAUCAUGGAAGAUUUUAACAUUAUUCCUGAGAUAUUGUCUGGAUGUGGUAAUGAGAUAAAGAAAUAUUGUUCUGAAACUGGAAUAGGUGGAAAUACCAUACACUGUUUGAUGGCUCUUGCUAUACCUAAUAGGAUGAAAAAUAAAACUGAGGAAAAAAUAUUAGGUUCUCAAUGUAAAGCAGCUUUGAACAACCUGUUGGAAGAGGUUGAUGUUGGAAGUGAUUAUACUUUAGAUAAAGUAUUAAUGAGAGCCUGCGAGUCUGUCGUAAAUACUAUUUGUUCUCAUGUUAGUCACCAGGAUAGCAGCAUUAUGAAUUGUUUAAUGGAUAAUUUAGAUCACGAUGAUAUGUCAGAUGUUUGUGAAGAGAGAUUAUUAGAAAUACAGUAUUUUAUUGUUCGAGACUUCAGAUUCGAUAACCAUUUGUACAGAGCAUGUAAAGCAGACGCAAAGAACUUAUGCAAUGCCCACUUUAACUGGUAUAGUCCUAAAAAUGAUAAACCUGAUAAUGGUGCCCUUGUUUUGCCUUGUUUAUACCAACAUAUGAAACAUCCUAAACAUAGCAAGCCGUCGCAGAUUUCCCGUGGCUGUAAACAUGAAAUACGAAGAGUAUUAAGACAGAGAGCUAAGAGUGUUGAUUUAGAACCAGAAAUUCAAGAAAAAUGUGUGAUAGAUUUAUCUGUACAUUGCUCUGAAGGUGACGAUAUGAAACUAGGAGAGGAGAUAAAUUGUUUACAAGAUAAUUAUGAUAUGUUACGACCUGAAUGUAAAGAAGCUAUUGGUAAUUUUACUGAAGACGAAGAUGAAGAUUAUCAGAUGGAUGCCUUGAUCAUGAAAUCAUGUACGCCAAUGAUUAAAAUGUUUUGUGCUGAUCUAUUAGAAAGUGAUUCUGAGCCUACAGAAGUAUUAGAAUGUUUAAUAGAACAUAAAAAUCAUCAGUCUAUGAAUUCUAAAUGUGCCGCUGGUAUUGAACAUCAUCAGUUGAUCUCACUCAAAGAAUUCCGAUUUAAUCAUAAAUUUAAAGAAUUAUGUCAGGCGGCAGUAACUAAAUUAUGCAAGAAUAAAAAAACUAAAUUAGAAGUUGUAAGUUGUUUAAGUGAACAUGUCAGAAAUGAUACCUUACUGGAUAAUAAACACCGUAUUGAUAAAAAAUGUCGAAAACAAUUGAAAGUUGAACUACUUCAGAGGGGAGAAAGUAUUAAUUUAGAUCCAAAGUUGAAAAAGGCAUGCCAUACUGAAAUUGAGGCAUUGUGUGGUGGUCGUGAGGCAGGAAAUGCAGAGAUCAUUGAAUGCCUAAAAUCCAAACAAAAGAAACUUUCCAGUGAUUGUCAUAAGCUCAUCUUUAAACGGGAGAAAGAUGAAUUUGCUAUUGCUGAUUAUGGUAUAGCUACAGCUUGUAAAAGAAUGAUACAGAUUCAUUGUAGCAUUGAUGAUGAUAAUGAGAUCAAAAUAAUGGAUUGUCUAAAGAAAGCCAAAGAUGAUCCUUCCUUUGAUAAUAAUUGUAGAACUAUCGUCUUAAGACGACAGAUAGCCCAAAGUAAUGACUACCGUUUGAAUCCUCAACUAAGGAAAUUAUGCAGACAGGAUAUUCCUAAAUUCUGUAAAGAUAUUUUAAAGACUCAAAAGAAUGAUGAAGAUUUGGAAGGAAAAGUUAUCAACUGUCUUAAAAAACAAUAUGCUGUUAAGAGAUUAUCAAAAGAAUGCUCAUAUGAAAUAUAUGACAGAAUAAAAGAAUCUGCUCGUGAUAUUAGAUUGGCACCCCAGUUAGCCUCCAUUUGUUCUGCUGAGAUACAGGCACACUGUCAAGAUGAAGUCAUAGCUGCUGGUGAUGAAGAUGAAAUUAAAGGCGGACCUGGUCGAAUUCAAGAGUGUUUAAAAGCAAAAUUUCUUGAAAAACAAUUAAAAAAUAAACAGUGUAUACAGGAAAUUGCCCUAUUGAUAGAAGAGAAUCGUGUAGAUAUAAAUGUUGAUCCUUUAUUAAAUGCAGCUUGUCAGAAUGACAUAGUACAUUUUUGUCAGGGUGUAAAACCUGGUGAAGGAAAAAUUAUGUCAUGUCUGCUAGCAACAUUAGAAGACAGUCCAAAAGCAAUGGAGUCGAAAUGUUUCACUCUUUUAAAAAAUAGAAAAGAAAUGUGGGAAUAUGCUGCUCAGAUUGCGCCUCCAGAAUCAUUUCAAGAAGUUUAUGAAGCUAUUUCACAAUCACCAGCAAAAGCCUAUUUCCUGGGAGUGUUGGCAGCUGUAGUAGCCAUUAUAUUUAUUGUGGGUAUUUCAUGUGGAAGAGUAACCAAACGUUUGAAAGCUGAAUUGAAGAAUAGAUAGAUGAAAAGAAAUAAAGAAUGAUUGAGGGAAUAAAUGAAAUAUCUGUAGGCCUACAAUGUUUUAUGUAUGAGAACAAAAGCUGAAUGAUUGAACUCUAUUUUUAGACUGUAUUGUUUCGUAUUUACCAGUGUUUUUCUAUUUUAUUUUGAAUGGGUUGAAUGCAGUUUGUUUUAAACUUUUUCCUUUGUUUCUGCAAAUAUCUGUAAAUGUAAUUUGAUUUUGGAGUUCAAUUAUUUUUAUUUUCCAUUCCAGAAAUAAGUUUAUAAGACCACUAAGCAUUUACAUCUAGAUUUGAUAAUAUACUAGGCCGAGGUUAACAUGUAUUUUUGAAUAAGUAAAGUAUAUUUAAAUUAUGUUCUUUUAGUAUACUCAAACAGAUGACUGUUAAUUAUACACUUAAUAAAGUGUAGUUAAAAUUUAUGAUAAAUCAUGACAUAUUAGCAUAGAUUACUGCUACUUAAAAUACUUGUUAAAUUAGGUUAGUCUCUAACUCAAUAUCAUCCAUUGAUUACUCGAAUUAUUUGUCAAUUCAAAUCAACAUUGAUGUUGUGAUCUUACCAGAAAAAAAUGGACUUCUGAUAUCCAAUAUUUAAGACAAAAUAAACAUUUUACCAUUGGUACAUGAAUAGUGUACCAUAAUGCAUUUCAGCGCCAUUUAUAAUGAGGGGCUCGAAGAAUUGGGCUAGACAUAUCACAAGUCAUGUCAAACAGUGACGUCAUAUUCUUAUCUGGAAAGCAUGUGCAAUAAAUAUUAUUGGUGUAGACUGGAAUAACCAGACGCUAGAGAUUGACAUUUGAUUGAGACUUCUGGCAUAUUUCGCUGAACAUAACUGAUUAGAAAUUAAGGCAAAAACAGAAAAUAUUCAAUGUAAAUCAGUUUAUAUACAUUCAUAUUACAUUAUUAUAUGCGUUGCGACCCAUUUGUGUCAAUUUCUAGGUACCAAAUAUUAGCGAUUUUCAUUUAGCUCCUUUAACAUAGAGAUGGUUUAGCAUACAGCCAUUUUAGAAGUUGUGUUCUGUAUUUCAUUGUUCAAGACUAUUAUGCAAUUUACUGAAUGGAAAAGUAAACAAUUUUUUGCCAAAUUAUAAAAGAUACCCAAUGGUAUAUUAAUAAUACUUAUAAAAAAUUAAAUUCAUUAAUUUGUGUAUUUAUGGAAUGAUCAUUAUUGAGAUAUUUAACUUUUUUCUUUUUCUUUUUUUUAUUAUUAACCCUUAUUUUAAUCAGAUAUUUUGCAAAUGUCUUAAAUUAUUUGCAAUCACAGAUGAAUAACAAACUUGUCAAAUUUGUGAUAUUUAUUUUGUCUAGUGAACCUUUUUAGUAUUAGAGUCAAAAUUCUGAUGUGACUAAGUGGUUUCAGUUUAGUAAUAAUCUGGACGCAUUAAUGAACAUUUAUAAAAAUAAACACAACAGUUCUAUGAAUAGCAAUUACUGUAUUUCUAUAUGUACCAUCUAAACAUUCAAUGAAACCAUUUAAUUAGGACAGUAUCAGUAUUGUGCUUGAUAACGACAAGAGAAUCAUUGUUGAAACGUAGCUUUAAUAGAAAUACAGUAAUUGUUACUGUUGUGUUUAUUUUAAGGUGUUCAAUUACUAAAUGCCAUUCAAACAGUAUAACAUUUAUAAAAUGUUGAUUGCCAUAUUAAGACUAUAUAUUUUCUGUUGCUUGAGCACCAGAUAAACAUGGUCUUACUUGCGCAUGAAGUCAUAGAUUUUAGUUAUUACGGAUAUACAUACUAAUAUUUUUUUAAUCUAACAGAUCAAUGAGCAAUACUGAGCAAAUUGUAAGGUUGGCCAAUAUCAAUUUAUUUGACUGUAUGAUGUCAACUAUUGAAUUCAUAAUAAAACAAUAUGGCUAUAUGUAUAUUCAUAUUAUGGAUAAUGGAAGCCUUAAGUAUUAUAGCUAACUCAUUUAUGUUUUAUUUUCUCUUGUGUUUAAAUUGUUUGUUAUAGUUUGUUUAUUGAAUGAAUUGUAAAUUGUAUUGAUAAAAAUUUGAAAUAUUAUUAUGAUUUCACAAAGUAACUGCGCUAGGAAACAUUUUUUUUUAAAUACCACUGAUUACUUACAGAAUAUUUUGUGAAUUUAUUUUAUAUGUGUAUAAAAAAUAUAUCCUGUUAAUAUAAUGGUUAUAAAAUACAUUCUUAUAAUCAAUGUUUGAAACCCAAAUUAUGCUCAAUUUUGUGUUUCUGUGUAAAUAUGAUAUAAACUAAUAUGAACAGUAAGUAAAGUCCUACUUAGUCUGAAGAAACUUCACGAUGGUGUAUUUUUGAUCAAUGAUAUAUUUUUACAAGUUAUUUCAUUGGUGUGUUGUAACAUGUUAUUGAUUAUUUGACUUCCUUCUUAAAGUCAUUAUAAGUGAAGAUAAAUAUGGUUUUGGUUACCGUACAUAAAAAUGGGCAUGUUCAUUAACAAAUCAAUAGUUUUUAUAGGUAUUUAUGUAGGUAAACAUCAAUGGUGAAUUUAUUUUAUUAGACAACUGGGUAUUUCGAAAUAGUUAUUUCUUCAUACAUCAUUCUGUCACGGAUUAAAAGGUUUUCGGAAUAAAAGUGGAGAUGUUAAAUUAGAGUAGAAUUAAUAUUUUUCUGUAGAUCAAUAAAAAUAAUUUAUCCUUGAUUUUAUUAUUAUUGGUUGUUAUAAUAAAAAGGAUUUCAUGAAUGUAUAUACUGAGAAUUCACAUUGUAAAUACUAUGUUUGCCUACAUGUACAGUUGUGCUUUCAUUAUAUAGUUGCCAUUUAUUUAUUUAUUAUAAAAAAAAUAGUGACAUUAUUUUAUACAAUAUUGGUUACCCUAUGGAAGUGAAAAUUUGAUAAAUACAAUUCAUCUACUUUAACUAAUAUCUGGAAAAUUAAUUAAAAUUUGUUUUUAUUAUGAAUUAUACUAAAACCAUCACAAAAUGUAUGAAAAAUUUUGAUUAUCUGGUAAUUAAACAUAUAGACAAUAAAACACCGAAUUGUGGUGGUAAUUCAUUAACUAUGAUAUUUUGCACAAACACAUAUCAUAUCCAAUAUUUUCUAUGUAUUGAUUCCUGUGUUAUGAUUGUUUGUGCAGAUAAGGGUAGAGUUGGUGCUACAUAGAAUACUGUUUAUUUUAUUUGAUGAUCUGAAUCCCUUGACCGGGUCAUUAUAAAGGAAUCUUGAGUUGCGCCUAAUUAGACUUAACUUUCUAUCAAUCUAAUAAUUACAAUUAAAUAUAUAAGCGUUUUAAGAUAUUUUAUAAUAUCAUUAUUGAUGUAAUAAACCAUGUGUAGUGUUCA